AUGAGUUGGGAUAACCCAGACCCAAAUGAUAAAUAUGCCUACCCGACAGGAUUAAACUGGGAUCCUAGAUUAACUGAUUUUGGAUACAAUCAGUCUCGAGAGCUUAGUCAAUAUUUUGUGGUAAAUAAUAUAAAGAUUGAUCGCAUUUAUUCUAGCCCUCUUUAUCGUGCAGUAGAGACUGCAAAUAUAAUUGCUGAAAAAAUUAAUUUUAGAUAUUUUUCUAGAAAAUGUGAAUGGUGUAGUCCUAGGAUAAAUAAACUUAAUGCUGGAUGCGCUCCCCUCCCUCUUUUACGUGAAUUUUUUCCACGUAUCAAUCCUACAUAUAUUUCUAUAUCAAAGCUACCUGAUAUCAAUGAAACCUCAGAAGAACUUCACGAGAGAUUAAGCAGAACUAUACAAGGUUUUAUAGAAGUAAAAGAGGAUAUUAGAAGCAUUUUAAUAAUUUCACACGCAACAUCGACAUUCACUGGAGUAAGAGCUUUAAUUAAACAAAUAUAUGCAAUGAUAAAUUGUGCUACGUGUUCUUUGACAAAAUGCAUAAGAAAUGGAGGAAACUGGGAAAUUGAACUAAAUGGUGAUACUUCCUUCUUAUCACACGGAUCAGUAAGGAAUUGGGUUUUUAAGAAAGAAUGGGAAGAUAAUUAUGAUGUGAAAGAGAUUCAUAAGGAUAAUGGCCUUAUUAAUUAG